CAAACAGCUUAAGAAGAGGAGUGCUAAACGAGGCAGUAAGAAAAACUGGGCAUCAGCAUUAUUUUGGUCUGCUGAAAGAAAACAUCCUUACUUGACAAGCUUGUUAAUUAUGAAAGAAGAGGCACUGAGUCUCGGCAGAGAAAACUACUGAGCAACUUAUAUUUUGAAUUUCUAUUGAUCUCAACUUCAAGCUGGCAGGCAAAUGGGCAGAAAUCCAUGGGACUGAAGAUUUCCUGUUUCUGCUAACAACAUCAAGCGGCCUCACUCGCACAAGAUGACAAGCCUUUUAAUUGCUCGCAAUGAAUCCCAGCCCUACAGCACUAUUACCAACACAAGCAAAAACGACUCCGGCUGCAUCAUAGACGACAGAGCUCUAAGAAUUCCCCUGGCGGUAGUCUACUCUUUGAUGUUUGUCUUUGGAAUGGUGGGGAAUUCUCUUGCCCUUUAUGUCUUCCUCUUCAUCCACCCCAAGAAGAACUCUGUCCGGGUGUUCCUCAUCAACACGGCCAUCGCCGACCUCAUCCUCAUCAUCUGCUUGCCCUUCCGCAUCGUCUACCACAGCGCCAACAACCAGUGGAUGCUGGGCACGGUAUUCUGCAAAGUGGUGGGCAAUGUCUUCUACAUGAACAUGUACAUUAGCAUCACCUUGCUGGGCUUCAUCAGCGUGGACCGCUAUAUCAAAAUCCAGCGCUCCAGCAAAAGUUACAAGCUCCAGAGAACCAGGUGGAGCACCAGACUGUGUUGUCUGAUCUGGGUGCUCUCGACUGCUGCCAUCAUUCCCAUGAUCGUCCUUUCAGAGGGUAACGAGACCCCAGGCAAGUGUUUCCAUUACAAGCACCGAAAGUACGCGAAGGGGAAGGCUUACUUCAACGUGUUCUUGAUCGUGGUCUUCUGGAUAGUGUUUGCUUCCCUAGUUCUCUCUUAUGGGAAGAUUGCCAAGAAGCUGUAUCAGGUUUCCAAGGAUAAGCCGGAUCUGCCCAAUGCCCAGAAGUACAGCAGGACAGCCAAGAAAUCCUUCUUCGUCCUCUUUAUUUUCACAGUCUGCUUCGUCCCAUAUCACAUCUUCCGCUGUGUCUACAUCUGGUCCCAGAUCAGUGAUCCGAACUGCUACUGGAAGAACAUCAUUGACAAAACCAACGAGAUCGCCUUGCUCUUCUCGGCCUUCAACAGCUGCCUGGACCCAGUCAUGUACUUCCUGUUGUCGGGCACGGUUCGCAGGACCACCACGGACCUGCUAUGCCUCUCAUCUCACGCCAACAUCAGCACCACCAACAGCUCCACAUCAGACUGUCGACCAGCCAUCGUAUCCCAGGUGUCCACCAACACAAGAAUAAGCUUCAGUCUCGUAAACCAGUGUAGAUGCGGGCGCUCCACUACAAACCAAGGACAAGUCUACCAGCCAACACAGAAAAGCCUCCAUUAGCCAGGCGACAAAGAUUGGUCCCAAACGUGCUGAUAUAUUGGGAGAUAAGGUUUCAAUGGAGACUUCACUUCAGUUCUUGAAGCCCAAAUGCAGAAAUUGACUAACCUUCUUACACCAGCUAUAUAUAAAAAACUAAACCCUGCUUAUGCAUUGGGCAGAAUAUCAGAGAAAGGGAUAUUCUCCCUAUUCAUACAUGCCAGCAGAAAUAACUUACCAUGGAUGUUUCACGGGAUCUUCUAUUUUAUGACUUUAACAAUCUGUGCAUCCAAUCUCAUUUGUUUCCAGCUAUACCACUGCAAACCUGAGAAUUUGUCAGGCACAAGUAUUGGGAACUGAUGAGAGAAUAUACUUUUCUGCAAGCAAUAAUAAUAAUAAUAAUAAUUGCUUACACUUAUAUAGCACUUUUCUGGACACUCCACUCAAAGCGCUUUACAGGUAAUGGGGACUCCCCUCCACCACCACCAAUGUGCAGCAUCCACCUUGCAAUCAGUGUAUUGUUUCCAGCUCUGAAUAUAGGACACUAACUCUCGAUGUUGCAAUAUAUGUACACCUGUACUACAAGUAAUACAUUGAUUUAAAUAAAUUCAGAUAUGGCACAUUUUGA